AUGGAUAGACUUAGUGAUUUACAUAGAAGACAAAUAAGUGAAAUGAUUUUGAACUGGAGUAAUAAUUUAAUUUCACAAGGAAUGGAAUAUGAUGAGGUAGUGAUGUGCUUAAAUAGUGAAUAUCGACAAAAACUGUCUAAGGUUCACAAUUUUGUAGAAAUUACUGUCCCAGCAAUGAGAGAAAUUGAUUUUAAGACACAUUUUCGCCUAACAAGAACCAGUGUUGAAGAAAUUUUCUCUAUGAUUGGACAUAUGUUCCACACGGACAAUAUGAAAAUCAGCAUGGAAAAACAAGUAUUGGUUACUUUAUGGUAUAUGGCUAACAGUGAAACCCAUAGACAAAUUGCUUCCAGAUUCAAUGUAUCUAAUAGUACAAGUUAUAAAAUUGUGCAAAAUAAUUUGAAAUAUAUAACAAGUAUAUCAGAUACUGUAAUAAAAUGGCCAUGCAAUAAUGAACAACUUUUGACAUUAAAAAAAUUCCAGAAUCUACGGAAUAAAGUAUUACCUGGGGUAUUUGGAGCUAUAGAUGGAUGUCAUAUUAAAAUACUAGCACCAUGGGUAAAAAGAACGGUUAUGCCUCCACUUAACAAGUCAAUGUUCUAUAAUAGGAAACAAGUACCAACCGUAAUUUUACAAGGCAUCGUUGACGCUGAUCAGAAAUUCAUCAACAUUUUUUGUGGAUGGCCUGGUUCAUCACACGAUGCACGAGUUUUAAGGCGGAGUAUUAUAGGGAACCGACUAUUAAACAACCCCUGGGAAAUACUACCCCGAGAAUCAUUUAUCUUAGGAGACAGUGCUUAUCCAUUAACCGAAGCGAUUAUGACACCUUAUAAAAAUAAUGGUCACUUAACUCCGGCACAAAUAUUUUUCAACCAAACUCUUAGUAGUUCUAGAGUAGUUGUUGAACAAAGCUUUGGUAAACUAAUUGGCAGGUUUCGAAAAUUAAGAUUAUUAGAUGUGUACCAUAAAAGUUAUUGUGGUUUGAUAAUAACAGCUGCCUGUGUUCUUCACAAUAUCUGCAUGUCUCAGGGUGAUGACAUUGAAGUUGAAGAAUAUGAACAGUAUAUUCCACCUGCAGUACCUGAUACAGGGAAUGGAAUUAAUAAAAGAGAUCAAUUAUGUGCGUUAAACUAUGAACAAUAA